UUUUGUUGCAAAUGGCUUUUGGCUGAUCCCGAAUGUCAGUGUGUUGAUCCAGGCGGGAAGAGGCUUUCUGAACAGAGACGGCACUGUGGGUUGUCUUCUCCAUAUAUGCAUAUAUAUUUUUAAAGUAGCAAUCGCAGUACUUUGUUUGGUUCUGUGGUUUCUUAUUUUGGAAGCUCCUCUGCACCAUGCACCACAUGAUAGAAGUGGCCAUUCCGUCUUUCAGAUAUGAGGAGAGCGAUCUCGAAAGAGGAUACACGGUAUUCAAAGUUGAAGUACUCAUGAGUGGACGUAAGCAUAUCGUAGAGAAACGGUACAGUGAAUUUCAUGCACUUCACAAAAAGUUGAAGAAAAGCAUUAAAACGCCUGAAAUGCCUUCAAAGCAUGUGAGAAACUGGGUGCCUAAAGUCCUGGAACAACGACGCCAUGGUUUGGAAGCCUACCUUCAGGCUAUUCUGAAUGAGAAUGAAGAACUACCCAAGAUAUUUCUAGACUUUCUUAACAUUCGUCAUCUCCCUGCUUUACCAAAGGUUGAAAGUUGCAGUUCCAUUGAUGACUGUGAUUAUGAAGAAUUCAGCAAACUAUCCCACCAGCCAGUACUGCUUUUCCUGAGGGAUCCAUUCAUCUUACCAACAGCCACCGAUGACUCCCCAAAUGUAGUUAUUGAAGGUGUUCUACAUGGAAUAUACUAUCCAUAUCUUCAACUGAGGUAGAGCAACAUCUACUGCAAGAAAGGCAUUUCAAGAUAUGCAACCACAAGAUUAACCAGUAAUCAUCAUUAAAAGAUGCACUGUUUAAUAUGCAGUCAUCAGUUUGGAUUGACUUAUCCUUGGCAAGUUGUACAUUUAAUGCUUAAAUCAUGAAAUAUUUUUAAACUUUUACUAAAGUUAUUGCAUAAACUUGUGUAUAUAUAAUAUAUAGACAUUUAAAAAAGGACUGCCAUGUGAAUGUUUAUCACUGAAUGCGUAACAGAUUUCAUUGUGAACCUUGAGUUACAUGUGGUAACCGUGUUAUUUGAAUUUUAUGAUCAAAAGCAUUACUUCAUCAUUAAAUGGAGAACUUUUCUAUUUUAUUCCUUAGGAUACUACCUGUUGAGAAAAUCCUAAUCAGUGCACCAAUGUUGUAAAUAAACAUUUUAAGGCAGAAAUUUUACAUUUAAUCAUGUCAAAAUGAAUUAAUAUUUAUCUGUAAAUCAGUGAUCC